AUUCAGCUAGCAGGCAACGUCAACUGAGAUUUUAGUUUUCUCAAGCGUCAUUUUGGUUGCGAAAAAUGUGGAUUUAAUUUUUUUACACGAUGUUUCAUUUUAGAGCCGUUUCAAAUAAUUAUAUAAAUGUAUACAAGUGUUAAAUUUGUGAAAGUAGUUUCUUAAACUGAGUCAUACCAAGUGACUAAAACUUAACCGAUAUCGGCUGGUAUUGGAAAAGUCGGAGUAUCGAACCAAGUAUAUGUAGAGCAAAAUAAUUACUUAAAACACACAAGGCCGAUAAAGUUCUGACUGAAAAAAUUGUCUGCAAGAAACGCAAUUUACCUUCGGCUAUAAAAGCCGAAACCUUCAUUUUUUUCCUCCCCGUUAAUUAAAAACCGCUAAAAUUGUGGAAAAACAGGAGAAAACUCCCAAGCGGAAGAAGAAGGCUGCAGCCAGUAAAAUGUCUGCAGUUUAUUCGCCGCAACCACCGCAGCAGACGGCGCCCCCGGGCGGCGUGCUGCAACCGCCGCAGCCGCAAACGCCAACGUCGAUGCAGCAGCAACAACAACCAGGUGUAGGUCCCGGUGUAGGGGGAGUCGGUGGCGUUGGCAUGGGCGGGCCAUCCGGGGUACCAAUGGGAUCAGGGGGCCCAAUGCAGCGAGGACCUUCCAUGGUUGGAGGUGGCGGUGGACCAGUUGGACCACCCUCCUCUGUGACAAGUGGAGGCAUGAUGGGCGGUGUUGCCCCUCCGCCAUCGUCACAACGAGGUGGAAUGCCACCAUCGCCUAGUCCAGCACAAAUUCAAAAAAUACUUGAUGACAAUUGUGGUCUUAUUCAGACAAUUCAAGAUUUCCAAACUAUGGGCAAGGCGCAGGAGUGCAUGACAUAUCACAUGGCAUUACAUAGAAAUCUCGUUUAUUUGGCGCAACUUGCUGAUCCGACAAUGAACAUUGCCCAAAUAUUGCCGGCCGCUCAACACCAAGGCCCACAUAGCAUGAUGGGUGGGCCUCAGCCCCCACAACAGGGUGGACCUCCAACUGGGGGAAAUCAACCACAAAUAGGAGGUAUGCCACCAAUGACACAUGGCGAUGGAAACGUGCAGUCUCCAUCUGGAGCACAAAUGCCCUACGGCAAUCAACCUCCGCAAUCGCAUCCUGGUAUGCCACCUAAUUCGCAACAACCCCAGCAAGGUCCACCUCAACAAGGUAUUAAUUCUCCACAAACUGGACAGCAGCAAUCUCAACAACAAGCCGGGGCAUACCGUGGCACUUCGACACCUCAAUCUACCAAUCAGCAACCCCCACCUGUCUCAGGUGUAGGAUCAAAUCAACAACGUUCAAAUAUUCAACCUGGGCAGCAGCCUGGCCAAGGACCACAACAACAGCAACAACCUCCAACACCCCAGCAGCAACAACAAGGUCCACCACCACAGUCACAAUAUCGUGGCGGUUAUCAACAACAACAACACGGUCAUUACCCUGGAUAUCCUCCACAAAGCCAACCAUCGUACCAACCACAAAGUGGCUAUGCCUACGGACCACCCACUCAAGGUUAUGGACCGCCACCGCCAAAUGCACAGGGCGGCUAUCAUCAUGCAGGUAUGCCUCCGACAUCUUCAACAGUUGCCGGUCCCCCCGGUCAACACGGUUAUGCCAAUGCUGGCGGUCAGCAAGGUCCACCAGGUGCCUAUCCUCCGCCUCCGCCCAAUCAACAAGUUCCACCAGGCCAGCAACCACCGCCUUCGCAAAUGUAUGGCCCACCAACUGGUGGACAAGGGCCACCACCACCGCCGAACCAAUAUGGUCCACCUCAAGGAGGAGGUAACGCCCCUCCACCAAUGGCCUAUAGUGGUUAUGGUGCUCCUCCGCCUAGUAGUUAUGGCCAAACGUCAAACGCUUUGCCUGGUGGUUAUGGACCGCCUCCACAAAGCCCUGCUCAAUCUCCAUAUCCACCACAGUCUCCAUAUCAGCAGAGUGGUGCACCAGGUGGAUAUCCAGGUCAGACGUCACAACAGCCUCAGACACCACAGGGAACGAGCGGCGGCUACAGUACUUCACCAAGUCCCGGCCAAACACCUCCAUCACCAUCAAAUCAACAAGCACAAAACGCGGGCAAUCCGAAUGGACCAAAUGCACCCCCUGUAAGUGUGCAAUCCACGUCUCCUUCGACAUCGUCUGGGAAUAUUGGUGUCAAUAGUGGUCCGCCCAAUCAACAAGCACCACCUACUCAACAGCAACAGCAGCAACAACAACAGCAGCAAUACGCUACGCAACAACCAUCAGUUUCAGGCGGUCCGCCACAGCCACAUGGCUCUACAGCCCAACAACAACAACAACCUGUUUACUCUGCAGGAACGCCUUCCGCAGGUCCAUCGCCAUACGGAGCACCAACACAACAACAGCCGCCUGGGCCAAGUGGACCCCCUACGGGACCACCAAAUACCACAGCACCGCCAAAUGGUACGCCACCAAUGCCCAAUCAACAAUAUCAACCGCCACCAACUGCACAACCUUAUGGUGCGCCGCCACCACAAGCAUACGGGCCACCACCACCUGGCGGAGGAUACCCUGGUCACGGCUAUCAUCAGCCGCAAGGCGGAUACGGUGCUAUACCUCAGGGACAAUAUCCACCCUCGCAGAGUUAUCAAGGAUAUCGACCCACCGGUGGACAAAUGCCGCCGCCAGGUGCACCACAAGGCCCGCCAACUAACGCAUAUUCAUACUACGGCAAUCAGCCACCACAGUAAUAUAUGUACAUACAUAAAGUAAAAGAAAUGUACGACUACAGAACUACGACUAACUACAGAAUUCAUUCAAUGACUACAUAAAUAAAUAACCAUGCUAAUAUUACAGCGCAAUGAGUUGGUAAGCUCAAUUGGGAUCAAACACAUUGACUUUAUACUCAAUGCCAAAAGCCAUUAGCGCAGAGAGAAGGAAUAUACAUAAUUGGUGCAAGUUAAAAAUGGUUCGAAUAUAAAAGAACGGCUAUGGUGAAAUGAUUAGAAUAUUUGGUAAAUCGGGAGAAAUUCAAGUUCAAUUUGUCCAUGUGGAUAUAAAGGUUCCAAAACAAUUUUUAAACUUGUGGCAAAUGACUAAGCUACGAAAUUGAAAAAUGCUCAUUUCCCGAACUUAAAAGAUCGCACCCUUGGCAGCGAAUUAAUUUUAAUUUUAUUAGUAGGACAACUUUUUGAAUAUACCCUUUUAUUAAGUUUCGGCACACUAGUCGUCUUUUCACACGGUCUAAGCAGACUAAUGCCGAAUUUCCGCUGGGCAUUGAAAUGACAAAAAAUUUAUGAAACCGGUUAUGUACUUGUGUACAUAUAUGGUAUAUAUGUAGUUGUGUACGAUUUUUCUAUCUGUGUUCAUACCGCAUAUAUCGGCGGCUGAAAUUUCUGAGGUAAAAUACUGCUCCCUUCCAUUUUACACACAUGGAAAGUCGGUUUCAGACGGUGUGAAAAGAUUAGUGUGUCGAGGCUCAUUGACUAUUUUAUGCCUGUAUAUCGAGCUCUUACCGCGAUUUUGAUGUUGAUCAGUGUUUUGAAAAAAAGAUUUCGAUAAGGCCUAAAGGAGUUAAACCAACUGGAUUUAGAACCCGCUAAAAAUGCUAAUGAAAAUAAUAUCUAUUUAUUUAUAAAUAUAUAUAUAUGUACAUAUCGUUACCCUAAUUCAUAAAGGCCCUCCUAACCAACACUUUUUUCGAAAAUGAUUUUUUCAAGGAAUUUGUUAUGAUGUGUUGAAAUACACCUUCAAUAAAAAUUUUGCUGUUUAUGAUGCUCUUUUUAUGUUUUUGCUUCUCCUGUAAAAUAAAAAAAAAAAUGUUGGUUAGGGCUUUUGUGAAUUAUGGUAACGAAAUAUAAAUAAUGUUUUCAUUUUAAGGGAGGACUUGGCGAAAUUUUUGUCUAACUGUAAUUUUUUUAUUUUGUUAGUUACAUCAAAAUUGUGGUAAGGACUUUAUAUCUGCUAAAUUAUGAAAUGUUAAAACGAAAACUAAUGUUUAUUGUUUCGCGCGUCAAACAUAAAAAAAAAGAAAUUCCUAAUACUAUAAUAUCUUUAUUAAAAUUAAGUGUAAAGAUUUUACAACAAACGUAAGUCGAAA